GACGGGACCUGGCCGGCCGGCGGGACGCGCGGGGUCAGUUGCGCGGCGGGGCGGAGGGCAGUGGCGGCCUGCGGAUCAUGCUGAGCGCGGGCAGGCUCGGCUCCGUGCUGCGGGGGACACGCGCGCCGCCGCCGUCCACGGUCGCCCGCAGGUGCCUGCGCGUGUCGGGGUCGCGGCCGGCGGCCGACGAGAGCGAGAGGCCCGGAGGGCCGUCCCAGGCCUUCGACCCGGCGCUGCUGGAGUUCCUGGUGUGCCCGCUCUCCAAGAAGCCGCUCCGAUAUGAAGCAUCGACAAAUGAAUUGAUUAAUGAAGAAUUGGGAAUAGCCUAUCCAAUUAUUGAUGGGAUCCCUAAUAUGAUACCCCAGGCAGCUAGGAUGAUGACAACUCAAAAUAAGAAGCAAGAAGAUAUGGAGCAGCACUAGAUCAUAAUUA